GUGUGUUAUGCAGCAAGCGAAAUUUUGUGUUUCAUCUUUCCAAACAACUCAGAUUUCAAUAUUUCCAUCAUUUGGUUAUUUUUAUCGUUGAUGUUUCUUCUUCAGGCAUUAGCUCUGGUGGCAGCAAAUUAUUUUACGAGUAAUGAUGCUAUGGGUGAAAGAAAUAUGGUCGUUUCUGUAGCGGCACUGUUCUUUCUGCUUUCACUAAUGCUAUUGAUGUUUGCUGAACGUGUCUUUGAUGUACCCCUUAACAGAGCUUUCGAAUCAUUGAAAAAUGCAACAACUGCAUUCAUAAUAGCAAAGGAUCUUCCGGACCAAAUAUUUUCGCACCAUUCACCGCUCUUCUUUUUCAUCUCCAUGGCCACGAUGCUAGCAUUUUUUGCCGCUAUUCUGGUCUUUCCGGGUUUCCGAUAUGCGCGUAUGUAUUCCGACCUCGUCAAGGAUACCGAGCAUCCGCUCCAAAAGAUUUUAUAUCAUCUGUCAUUUAUGCUUCAAUUUAUGGCACUCUUUCUUUACACUCAUCCCGCAAAGAAUUACCUCGUUUAUGGACCGAGAAAAUUGCUCAAUGAAUCUCAGUUGGAUAUUGUACGAAUAUACAUCAUUCUGUUAACAGCAGCUCUACGUCUUUCGUUGUAUCGCCCUCAUUUGCAAUCAUUUCUGGAUCAGGCAAUGGUGACACUUUCUAAUAUUCGUCGUGAAACAGGCUACAUCAAAACAUCUGUACUGCAAAUGAAGAUAUUGCGAUACUUUUAUUUCUUGAAUGUUGCUGCAUUGCAAUACUUUGUACCGCCGCUUCUGCCGAUGUUUUUCGCGCUAAUGCUAAAAACGACGUGUUAG